CUUUUAGCACCCAAGCACAAUCUCCUGCUUUGACGGGUUAACUUAAAGUCAAAGGUCGACACCACACUGACAAAGAACCAAGCUCUGGUUUCUGCAUCAAAUCUCUGUUUUAAAUAUUUUGGUUAAAAAAUGCGGAAACGGCCUCAAAGUUCAUCAAUUUCGGCUGACACAUCAGCCAGCCAAUCAAGUGAUACCCCAAAAACUGAUGAGGAAGCCAAAUUUAAUAACAAUGUUCAGAUAAAAAGUGCAAGGAGGUCAGGAUUCGUGUGGCUGACAUUGUUUGUGGUGAUUGUGUACUCCUCUUGGGCUGUUUACUAUUACCAGUUUGAGAGUUUGCCUGUGCCUCUUACUGCUGUGCAAGCAGGCAAAAGGGGUUUCUCAGAGGUGGAGGCAACGAAGCAUAUUAAGGCAUUGACUGAAUUGGGCCCACAUCCAGUUGGUUCUGAUGCUCUUGAUCAUGCUCUGCAGUAUGUUUUGGCAGCAUCAGAGACAAUUAAGAAAACAGCUCACUGGGAGGUUGAUGUUGAAGUGGACUUCUUCCAUGUUAAUUCUGGUGUAAUUCGUCAGCUCAGCGGCAUGUUUGUGGGGAGAACGGUUGUCUAUUCUGAUCUAAAUCACAUCAUAUUAAGAAUCUUACCAAAAUAUGUACCUGAAGCAAGAGAAAAUGCUAUUUUGGUUUCUUCCCACAUUGACACUGUUUACUCAACGGAAGGGGCUGGUGAUUGCAGCUCCUGUGUUGCCGUUAUGUUGGAACUUGCUCGGGGGAUUUCUCAGUGGGCUCAUGGAUUUAAGAAUGCUGUGAUAUUUUUGUUUAAUACUGGAGAGGAGGAGGGUCUAACUGGUGCUCAUGGCUUUAUAACACAGCAUCCUUGGAGUUCAUCCAUUCGUAUGGCUAUUGAUUUGGAGGCCAUGGGUAUUGGAGGGAAGUCCAGCAUUUUCCAGGCUGGUCCUCAUCCAUUGGCUGUUGAGAACUUUGCUGCAGUGGCGAAAUACCCAUCUGGUGUAAUCAUAGCUCAGGAUCUUUUUUCUUCUGGAGCCAUAAAAUCUGCAACAGAUUUCCAAGUGUACAAAGAGGUUGCUGGUCUUUCAGGGCUUGACUUUGUUUACACAGACAAUGGUGCAGUAUAUCACACUAAGAAUGACAAGUUGGAGCUAUUGAAAUCAGGAUCACUUCAGCAUCUUGGAGAAAAUAUGCUUUCUUUCCUGCUUCAGAUUGCAUCAUCCUCUCAUCUUCUAAAAGUCAAAACUAUGGAUGGUGGCAGAAAAUCUAACCACAACACUGCCGUAUUUUUUGAUAUUUUGGGGCAAUAUAUGGUUGUCUACCACCAGCGUUUUGCAAACAUGCUUCAAUUUUCGGUGAUAGUGCAAUCUCUUCUGAUAUGGACUACAUCUUUGCUUAUGGGUGGUUACACAGCUGUGGUUUCAUUUUUCUUUUCAUGUUUGAGUAUUAUCCUCAUGUGGAUAUUUUCAAUAAGUUUCUCUGCUCUUGUCGCGUUGAUUCUACCCCUUAUAUCUUCAUCACCAGUGCCAUAUAUUGCAAGCCCAUGGUUGAUGGUUGGGUUGUUUGCUGCACCUGCUUUUCUUGGGGCUCUAACUGGUCAACAUUUGGGGUAUCUUGUUUUGCAAAGAUAUAUAUCAAAUAUAUAUGCCAAGAGAAAACAGCUGUCACCUGUUAUUCAAGCUGAUCUGAUCAAGUUAGAGACUGAAAGAUGGCUCUUUAAAGCUGGUUUUGUGCAGUGGCUUGUUCUUUUGAUUAUAGGAACUUACUAUAAAAUUGGAUCAUCAUACGUUGCCCUUGUUUGGCUAGUUCCGCCAGCAUUUGCAUAUGGCUUGUUGGAAGCAACGUUAACCCCAGUUCGGUUACCAAGGCCUCUCAAACUUGCAACUCUAUUGAUCGGCUUGGCCAUUCCGAUUUUAGUUUCAGCUGGCUUAUUCAUUAGAUUUGCUAAUGUAAUCGUUGGACUUAUUGUACGAUUUGACAGAAAUCCAGGCGAUACUCCUGAGUGGCUGGCGAGUGUGAUACUUUCCAUUUUUAUUGCUGUUGUUAUAUGCCUAACUCUGGUGUAUCUCCUUUCAUAUAUUCAUCUUUCAGGUGCAAAAACAUCUGUUGUCCUUUCAACUUGUAUUCUGUUUGUUCUCUCACUUGCUGUGGUGUUUUCUGGUAUCAUUCCACCAUUCACUGAGGACUUUGCCAGAGCUGUGAAUGUGGUGCAUGUUGUGGAUACAACAGGAAGAUUUGGUGAAAAGCCUAUCUCAUUUGUUUCUCUAUCUUCCAUAACUCCUGGAAAGUUGACUAAGGAAAUUGAUCAAGUUAGAGAGGGCUUUGUAUGUGGCAGACACAAGGUUAUUGAUUUUGUCACUUUUUCAGUCAAAUAUGGCUGUUUGACAUUUGAUGAAACUGAAGGGGGCUGGAAUGAGUCAGAUAUUCCCACGCUAGAUGUUGUCUAUGAUACAAAUAAUGGAGUUAGGAGAAUCACAAGAGUUGCAAUUGAUACUAAGAGGUCCAUACGCUGGUUUCUUGCAAUCAAUACUGAGGAAAUUGAUGACUUCAUGUUUAAAGCGGAUUCAAUGGAGGUAAUCCCAGCGGAUGGUAAGAGCAGCAAAGAUGGAUGGCAUAUUAUUCAAGUUUCAGGAGGCAUAAAUGCACCAACAAGGUUUGGUCUGACUCUCUUCUGGGUGAAAAAGACCGAACAGAAGGCACACAACAUGCCGGGACAGGAAGCGGAACAGCGUCCACUCUUAAAGCUCAGAACCGAUCUUAAUGAAUUAACCCCAAAAGCUGAAAGAGUCCUUAAGAAGCUUCCGGCAUGGUGUUCCUUGUUUGGGAAGUCCACUUCUCCACACACUUUAUCUUUUCUGAGCAGUCUUCCUGUUAAUUUCCAGACCCCUGAAACACCCCUCGGGACCCUACUGAAAAAUUAUGGACCCCUUGACUCGUAAUGAGAACAGUGGUACUGGUAUUCUUGUGUAAUUGCAUAGGAUGGUUUACUGGGGACAGGGUGCAAUCUUCUAUUUUUCUUGCUUCUGUAAAUACAGAAUUAGAUUGUCCUUCAUCACUUACCAAUUUCUUAUAAUAAAAAGUUGUUAGUACCAUUGGUGCUUUGGCACAA